CCUUCAUUCCCCCUUUCUACUUGUUCCAUUAUUUCCGUACAGAAAGUAACCACUGCUAAUCUGCUAUCAAUCACCAAUAUGAGCCGACAUCCUACUUUGAAGUGGGCCCAGAGGGAGGAUCUACUAUUCAUCACCAUUGAUCUGCCAGAUGCCAAGGACGUAAAGCUCAAAUUGGAGCCAGAAGGGAGGUUUUUCUUUUCAGCAACAAGUGGAAUUGAGAAUGUACCGUAUGAAAUAGAUAUCAACCUUUAUGAUAAUGUGAAUGUGAAAGAGAGCAAGGCAAGUAUUGGAUCGAGAAAUAUUGUUUAUCUUGUAAAGAAGGAAGAGAGUAAGUGGUGGAGCAGGUUUUUGAAGCAAGAAGGAAGAACCCCGGUGUUCAUUAAAGUCGACUGGAACAAAUGGGUGGAUGAAGAUGAACAGGAUGAACAAGUUGAACCCGAUAUGGAAUAUGAUGAUGUUAACUUCUCGAGUCUUGGCCUGGGUGGUGCUGGCAGUGGAGAAGAUUCUGAUGAAGAAGAUGAUGACAGUGACGUCGAACAAGAAAUAGAAAUUACCAAGGAGGAACAAGCAGUUGGUCACGAAAUAGGUGCUGGGAACAGUCAUGUUGAGGCAAAAGCUUAAUUUGGAGGGGUGACUAAGUUAACUUUUUUGGUUUCCUUUAAAGAUGGACCAUUGAUCUGUGUGAUCAAGACUUCAUUGAUUGUUUAACAAACUAGAAUAGUGGCUUCCAAUCUGUGUUUGAAGCAUGGUGCUAUUUUUAGGCUCAAGUUAGAAGAAGUUAAUUGGUUAAGAAAGAACACAAAAUGAGGGGAAGAAAUGUGAUUUUCUUGUGUGUACACCUAAAAAAAUUGGUGUGUUCUAUGAUCCUUUAAAAUCUUAGAGUUUAAAAACUGAUAUUACUGUAGGCUUGCAUUGCAGAAAGAGGAAACCACUGGGUAAUAGCCCGGUGGCCAUCAACCGCCACUUUUUAAGAGAGGUUCUGGGUUCGAGUCUUGCCAAAGGCAAACUUGAAAUAAUUAGGGGAUUAUUAAGUGGUUGAGAUUCACCUGAAUACUAGCUUGGCUGGGGGAUUAGUGAGUACUAAAUGAUACGUAGGAUUAGAGGUUGCUAUCCAACUACCCCCACUGCAGAAAGAGGAAUGGUUUAUAUAAUCAUAUAACGAGAAGAGUAAGGUGUGACAUCAUAGUCUUGAAUUUGUGUUUAAAGACUGGCCAUAUUGUACGCACCCGUGAUUUACCGAUGUUGGUCGUAACUCUCUAAGCUCAUUUAUAACUAUUUACCUCUUUUUGCCUAUA